CGUACGCUGCACAGCGCUGCUUUGCCCUCGCCGAACGAAACAAAAUAUCCAAUGGUUUCUCUGGGAAGAGAGGAUGUGCGUUCAGGUCCCCGAGUGCCGCAGUGGUACGGCGGCCAUUCGGUGCUGGUGACGGGGGCCACCAGUUUCCUGGGGAUGACCAUCGUGGAGAAGCUGCUGCGAUCCUGCCCUGACAUUGGCACUAUCUACAUGCUGGCGAGACCCAAGCGUGGACUGGACCCCCAAGAGAGGUUGGAAGACUAUGUGUCCAAUGUGCUGUUCUCGAAGGUUCGAGGAGAGCGACCCGACUACGCGCGCCACAUGUCUGUGAUCGCUGGCGAUGUCAGCUCACCGGACUUCCGACUGUCAGAGCACGACAUGGCGGCCAUGCGGCAUGAGGUCAGUGUCGUCUUCCACUGUGCCGCCAACGUCCGAUUCGACGACAGCCUGCACCAUGGCGUCAUCACCAACGUGGUGGGCACCAAUCGCUUGCUGCAGCUGGCCGACCUGCUGCCCAACCUGCAGGUAUUCCUGUACAUCUCGACCUCUUUCUGCCACUCAGACCAUCAAGCCGCGUUUCACACGAGGUUGCUGGGGAACCUGCCAAACACGUACGCCUUUACGAAGAACCUGACAGAGAAGCUGGUGGCGACAUACCGCGACCGUCUCCCCAUCGUCAUUGCCAGACCGUCCAUUGGUGAGUGGGAGUGA